ACGGUUGUUUGUUGGGGACAGCUGCUGUACGAGAUAUUUACCUUCACGGUUGAAAUUCUAUCUUUUUUUAGCUCGUCCAUUGCGCUUGUUCAUUGCCAUUUUUGAUGUGACGGCGAAGUGUAAAGCUGUAACUUAGUUUUCGAGUUGAAGUCUCAUUGCAGGCUUGGAUUUUAAAAAGCCUCUGACUUUAGACAUCUCUAAUGGAUACGUGGCCUUUAGUUGUGAAAUGUUAAAUAUUCCUCUAAUACUAGCGUUAAUUUCACCACCAUUGAAAGCCUAUGAGGAAAAGCUCAUUAUAAGAUUUUCUAGACUUGUCUACUAGAUUUAGACCUAAUAAUUUUGAAUUAUUAACAUCAACUUAUUACGAUUCCUCCUUUUAGCAUGCAAACUCAUCACGGAAACUGGAUGGAACCUGAACACUGGACCCGUGUUUCGAAAACGGCUUUGACUAUUUCCUAGAAAGUCGACAGUUUAUAUAUAUCUUUGGGAAAAAAACAAACAGCUUGCUAUUUGUCUACACAGUGAAAACUCUUGUUUGACCUUUAAAAUUUGUUAAAAUAUACCGGUAAUCUUAUUUUUGAACAUGCUUUCAGCGGAUAUUCCCGCACUCGAUUCAAAUGUUUCUUGAGAUUCACGAAUUUUGUAACGAGGAAAUAGGCGUUCAUAAACCUGCGCACCGACUUGUGUAGAAGCUGGACCUUAGAAUAACUUUUGUUGUGCAAGAUUACUUGAAUUAUAGACCACCAUCAGCUACUUUUGUUUUUAUGUUACUUAGUUUUGGUCUCUGCGUCAUGUCUAGAUUAGAUCGUUACGUGUAUAUCGACGUGACGUCAUGUUAGCCCUUCGCUUUUAUUUUUAGACAGCAAUAAACGUGACAAUUGGAUGUUGCCUUGUGCCUACAUUUCUGCCAGUCAUGAUUGUAACCAAGUGGAAGCAUUGCACCAUCCUGCAAAGAUUUCACGGGUAGGGAGCACAUCGUUUUAGCUCUCCAAUCUGUUCCUCCUUCGACCCAUUCUCGCCCUCCCGUCAUUUCGCUCGAACUCUCCUCACGCCUCCCCCCGAGCCAUUCCCUCUCGCUAUCUGCUGUAGUAGGAGAAUCAAUAGAUCAGAGCUGUCUGUUUAAUAUUUUUCUGAAGGUGAAAUAAAUAAGUCAACAUCAAUUCCCCUGUCAAAGGAGUGACACAGUUUUUUUUCCCCUUCUUCUGAACUGUUCUUUAAACCUGGAUCUUACUGGAGCGAGAGUGAAAUUAGUGUCGCCUCUUGCUGAUGUUAUAUACCGAAGUGACUACCAGAGCAAGGAUUGCCGCCUGGAUGGAACAAAAUCUUUAAACAAGCUUGCUUCAUGUUCGGUUUUCAAUAAGUCUGUUUAUACUAUAAGAUGUGCUGAACUUUGACCUCUUGGCACUGGUAAUUUCCGAGUCUUCCUAGCUUGGUUUCAGAUCAUCAAUAACUGUCAAGUAAGGUAGAGAAUUUAAGUUUCAGGAUUCCUUCUUCCAUAAGGCCCUGAAUCUACCUACACAUCCAGGCAAUAAUACAGCUUCAUGCUGGGCAGUAAAGACUUAAUGUUUACUUCAGACCUUAGCUACAUUGUUAUCAGGAGAUAGUCUACACAAGCACAACUUGUCUGAACACACAAAUGGCUGAGCCUGGAGCUGGCUUUGACUCAAGAGGCCUUGGUCUCAGAGCACAGAAGAAACUUCUGGGUAAAAUGUCCAGCAAGAAAAUAGCCAUGACUUUCAUAGAUGAAACAACUGGAAGAGUGCUAGACAACGCCCAUAAACUAUUAAAGCAGUACAAAGAAAGUAAAAAAGAAGCUGACAAAAUACUGAAAUACAUCAUCAAGUCAGUUGUCAAGGUUGGUAUCCUGUAUAAAAAUGACCAGUUCAACAGAGAUGAGUUAUCUCUUGUAGAUAAAUUCAAACAAAAAUUUCACUCUCUUGCAAUGACAGUAGUCUCUUUCCAUCAGGUGGACUUCACAUAUGAUAAAGCUUUUAUGCGAAAAAGCCUCGAAGAGUGCAGACAGCUUUUACAGAGCAUCAUAGAGCGGCACUUAACAGACAAGUCCAAGACUAGAGUUGACCUGGUGUUUCACACAUUCUGUGAACCAGAGUUUUUGGACGCUGUAUUCACUAAUACGUCUUACAAGUCUCUGAUGGAUGCCAUUAUUGAUGACCUGAAUGCUCUCAUGGACCAGGGAAAUUUAUGAUGUGUUAUUAUUGUUGUUGAUGCAGCAUUGCACUGUAUUACUGAAAUUUUGAGAACCUAAAUUAUAUUUACAUAUGUAUAUUUCUAUGUACAUAUAUAACUUGAAGAAUUCCUUCUUGUCAAAUGAAGUUUUUUUUUUUCCCAAUGUCUAAGCGUUUGCUGUAUAAAUUGUUUGCUAUGUAACAUCUCCUGCUAUAGUUUUAAAAUUGUUUAAUUUUAUAUUAUCUCAAGAUUAUCAUUCAAAAUAUGGUUAUAUAUUUUUGAAUAAUUUACUUAUAAUACAUUUCCAAAGUCUUUUUUUUUCUUUCAAAGUUGUUUAGUACAAUAUGAACCAAGAAUAUGCAGCUAAUAUUUGUUGGAAAAGGCUACUUAAAAAAGAAGAUGAUAUGUACUUAUAGCAUUAUUGUUCAAUUUUACAAGUACAUUUUGUGUUGCUCGUAUCUUGUAUCAGUAUUCCAUUAACAAACUCAAACAUUUUUUGGUAUGGUACCAAUUGUAACAAUCCUUUCUUUUCCUUCAUUUGCACUCACUUUAUUUGUGGUGAAGUUACUACUAUUUAAUAAUACUUGUUUUUGAUAUGGUUUUUGACCUCAUGACUGGAAUUUUGCAAAUUUCUGCAAAAUGUUAUGUAAGCAAAAUAACAUUAUAUGCAUUAUACAACAUUUAUGCAAGCUUAUGUGCUAUUUUUUUUUUAAAUAUUUCUAUUAUAUCAAGAAAUUAAAAAAAAAGUUUGUCAUUUUUUCUGAAUGAAUUAAGUGAAAAAAAAAAUAUACCCACCAUUUUUAAAAAAUAAGUUAUUGAUUUAUCAGAAAGGAUUCAUAUUGAUCUUGUUUGGUAAUAUUUCAUGGUCACCUUUAGCUUAUGCCAUAGAAAAUGUUAUCUAACAGAAGGGUAGGAAAAUGCAACUGAAUGUUCACCACAGAAAAAAAAAAAAAAAAAAGCUAAUGUUGGGAUAAUAUUGUUUUCAAAUAAGAGUUAGUACAGUUUUUUGAAUAGCAAACGUUGACACCUAAAUGUACAAUAUUGUCAUGUGGCUUAACUCUUUCUCUCUUAACUGACGAUACCAUCGUUGAUUUGAACUCAUUAAAUUAAAUUAAUGUUUGAUUUUAUAAACUUUACUUUAGUCUUAUUUAAAAAGUACAUGCAGUCCCCUUUAACUCUAUACCAACUAAAACAUUUUCUGAUAACAAACGAAAAGGUUUUUAGAGGUUAAUUAAAAAAGAGUAGUGAAAUACUACUCAGUAAUAGUUGAAAUGUGGAAAAUAAGGACGGUGAGAAAGAGUUAAAGCACAUUCAGUCACAGUUGCUGGUAAAAAAAUAACUUGUUGACAACCAAACAUUCAAAGUUCCUCUAUUGAAUCACAGGGUUGGCAAAGACAUUGUUUAUAUUACUUCUUAGUUUAUUCUUAGUACUGACAAUUUUUUUUUUCUUCAGGAAACUGAUAUCAACUAAAAUGUAAGUGUUAUCUGCAUCUAGUCAUUGCUACAUUGAAUCCAUCCAUCCAAACUUAUUAUGUUGUUAUGAGGAUCUCCAUGGUUUUAUGUUAUACGUAUAUUUCUGAUACAACAUAUAGAUCUUUACUUCUUUCAAUGUCAUGUUCCCUAGCAACAUAUGCAUCACUUGUCUAUUUAUAUAAUGUACAUUUUGUGAACGCACUCACCGAAACAAAAAAUUUACUUUCCUUUUCUAGUUUGUUAAUGAUUUGAUGUAGGAAGAAGCCAAAAUAUCUUCAGUUAUCGGCUCAUGAAAAUGUGCUCGAUUGUAUUUUUAGGCAUAACUAAACAUGGAUUGGAUGUCAUUAUUUCUAUGAAUUCUAAUGCUAAAAGCAGUGCUUUUUAUGAGUUUAUUUCUGACACAUUUUUUUUUUUUUUCAUUUUUGAUAAUGCCGUUUAUUUUGUCCAGUUAAAUUACAACAAAUUAAUUAUUGCACAUUCAGCAAUGUAUAUUUUGAUUGGAUCUUGUUUUAAAUUUCACCUAUGAAACUAAUUAACUUAAAUAUAUUUCAAAUUCAGAUCUUAUCAAGAUUUAAUGUAAAUUUUUUUUUCCAGAUGUUUAGACAAGAUAAGAGCUUGAUUUGAAAUUUUUGUUUGUUAAUCUUAUUCUUUGUGUUCCUUUGCUAUUUCCUCUAUAGAUUUUUUUGUUUGUAUUAACCUAUGUUGCAUUCCUUCAAAACUAAUGUCCACCACUAGGCUUUACAUAUACAUCUGCACAAAGAAUACCUCCACUUCACUCUACAUCUCACCUUACUCUGGACUUUGUUGAGGGUGUAACAGUGUCACUUAUCUGCCAGGACAUUCCAAACAUGUGCCCCUAGUUGCUGGGUCCCCAACUUAUUCCUUCAUACAAAUGUUUUGUAACAGAUAAAAAUGAGAUGACAUCUUCCGAGAUUGUUUUACGCUUAUAUAAAAGCUAAAUUAAGUAAAAACAAAACAUACAUAAGAACUUGAAACUGCUGAUGUUUAUCUCUUAGAUUAAAUUCUCAAAGUGCUGACUCUGUAAAAAUCAUCCAAACAAACUUGUGUAGACACAGUGUAGGUUUUCCUGAUGUGCAUUUAUUUGGUAGUGCUUGCAACAUGCAGUUUAUUUUGAAAUAAUUGUGCAAGUUAGAAUAAUA